UAGAAAAUGAGGCAGCCAUCCGAGCACUACGUCAGCUGUCCUGAGGAAUGACUAAUUCGUUUCUUACACUUCCUAUGUGCAAAUUUGAUUUUUUAUUUUUAUCGCGGGGAAAACACUCCGGCGUUUGAGCAUAGAAGAUGAACAGUGUUCGAAGGGAAGUGGCUGCUUUAUAAUGCUUUUUCUCCGCUGAGGGAGGACUUCACAUUGCCAACCUUUUCAAGAGACCCGCCAGACCAUGAACUAUGUGGGCCAGUUGGCGGGUCAGGUGUUGGUGCAGGUCAAGGAGCUGUACCGAGGCCUGAACCCGGCCACGCUGUCGGGCUGCAUCGACGUCAUCGUCGUGCGCCGGCCCGACGGCUCCCUGCACUGCUCGCCCUUCCACGUCCGCUUCGGCAAGAUGGGCGUCCUCCGCUCCCGGGAGAAAGUGGUCGACAUGGAGAUCAAUGGCGAGCCAGUGGAUCUACACAUGAAGCUCGGCGAUAAUGGAGAGGCUUUCUUUGUCCAAGAAAUGGAAAACAAUCAGGAAGUGGUUCCACUCUACCUGGCCACCUCUCCCAUCCCGUCAGACGGGCUCAUUCUGAUGAGUUCCUCGCUGAUGGGGAAGACCUCCGGGCCUCCCGUGCAGACCCUGGGCUCCACGGGGAGCAGCGGCGAGAUCGGCGGCGCCAUGGCGAUGGUGGUGAAGAAGAGACGAAAGAGGAGGAGGAAAGUCCGGUCAGACAGCCUGAAGCGGGACGAGAGCGCCGACUACUCUGGGGACGAGGACAUGUUCACGAUCGACAUCAGCUCUGAUGAGGAGAUGGAGAGCAACAGGCCUUCUUCCAGGGACGCAGCAGUCGGGCCGACCAACGCUUCUUUCAAGCAAUCUGCCGUCUACACGCGCUCCGACGGCGACUGGAGCCCCCUCCACAGCCCAGGAAACUCCCGUCCCGCUUCUCCCAAAAGUGACUCUGAGCUCAUGAUGAAGUCUUCCGAUGCGGCGGAUCAAGAUUCGGCCAUGCACUGGGCGUGGGGGGAACUGCCGCAGGCUGCCACUCCAUCUUUCCUUUCAAUGAAACCGGAGCGACCGCCAAUUUGUCCCGUGUCCAUCCCGGUUACGGAGAGCACGCACUUCCGAGUGAUCGCCCACGAGGGCUCCUCGGAGCGGCCCCCUCGUGAAAAGGCGUCGCUCCUCGCGGCCGCCGGCGAGGAAGUGCCCGUCGUCGUGGCGAUGGAGACGGACCCUUCGAGGGUGGAGACACUGACGGAUUGCGCGGCGUCCCGCGUGACGUCAGAUGCGGAGGAGACAACGGGCCGCCCGUCGGUUAAGACUGACUCUCCGUCGAAGAAAAAAGACAAAAGGAGCCGUCAUCUCGGCGCUGACGGAGUUUAUUUGGAUGAUCUCACCGAGCUGGAGCCUGAAGUGGCCGCCUUGUAUUUCCCAAAGAGUGACGGACCCGCAGCAGUCAAGAGCGUCUCGGACCCGGGCCUCCGCAGCACCAGCCUUUCCCCUCAGUCGCUGAGCUCCGGGGGAGACAGCGGCGUGGACGGCUUCAGCGACCCGAUGGGCGACCUGCCCUCCAUCGCCAUCUCGCUGUGCGGCGGCCUGACCGACAACAAGGAGAUAGGCAAAGAGCAGUUCCACGCCAAGAUCAUCUCAUACCAGAAGUUUGUUCAGAACCCGUCGGUCAUUGAUGACCCCAACCUGGUGGUGAAAAUUGGCUGCAGGUACUAUAAUUGGAGCACUGCUGCUCCCAUCAUGCUGGCCAUGCAAGCCUUUCAGAAGCCGCUGCCAAAGGCCGCCGUGGAGAACAUCAUGAAGGACAAGAUGCCCAAGAAAGGAGGGAGGUGGUGGUUCUCCUGGAGAGGCCGCAACAGCAAAACGGAUUCCGUCUCAGAACGCAGCGCCAGCGGCUCGGAAGCCGGGACGUUGGCCAGCCGACGUAAAGAAGAGACAUCGUCCAGCGACGAAGAUCACAGGGUGGGCGAGCUGAGCUCCGCCGGCGUCCCAUCGGAGGCCGGGACGCCAACGGGAAGCGUGUCGUACAAGAAGACGCUGCGACUCACCUCGGAGCAGCUGAUGUCACUACAGCUCCAGGAGGGCGCCAACGACGUGGUGUUCAGCGUGACCACCCAGUACCAGGGAACGUGUCGUUGCCAGGGAACCAUCUACCUCUGGAACUGGGAUGACAAGAUCAUCAUUUCCGACAUUGAUGGAACUAUCACAAGGUCGGACACGCUGGGCCACAUCCUGCCCACUUUGGGUAAAGACUGGACCCACCACGGCAUCGCACAGCUCUACCAUAAAGUCAGCCAGAACGGCUACAAGAUCCUGUACUGCUCGGCCCGAGCCAUCGGCAUGGCGGACAUGACGCGGGGCUACCUGCACUGGGUCAACGAGAGGGGCACCAUGCUUCCCGUGGGGCCCGUGUUGCUCAGCCCUAGCAGCUUGUUUUCGGCUCUGCACAGGGAAGUGAUCGAGAAGAAGCCAGAGAAGUUCAAGGUGGAAUGUCUGACUGAUAUCAGGAACCUUUUUUACCCCAACACGCAACCUUUCUAUGCGGCUUUUGGCAACAGGCCCACGGAUGUGUUUUCCUACAAAGAAGUCGGGGUCCCACUGAACAGGAUUUUCACAGUGAACCCCAAAGGGGAGCUGGUGCAGGAACACGCCAAGACCAACAUCUCAUCGUACGUGCGUCUGGGGGAGGUGGUGGACCACGUGUUCCCCCUCAAGAUGCGAGCCUCGUCCUCGGACUUCCCCUGCUCGGACACCUACAGCCACUUCACCUACUGGAGGGAACCGCUCCCCCUGGUGGACCGUCACGGAACCGCACCCGCUCGGACACCGGUGCCUGGGAGCUGACCCCAAGUAGUCGUCACACAGAAUGAACCAGCAGCUCGCUACUGGUACAUUCUCGGACUGGGCGUAGCACCCUCUACCAAACACAACGCACUGAAGUACACUUUGCGACUGAAUAAUUGAAUCAGGCAGCUUAUUGAUUUGAAGUGAACCUUUUUUUUUUCUGUUGCGAUACACUUGGUGCCAAAGAUAUACUUUUAUUUUCUUAUUUUAUAUACAGUGUAUUUAUAUAUAAAUAUACGUAGAGAGAGAGAGAGCAAGAGAGAACUAUUUUGGCAUAGUAGUAGAAAAUGCUACUAGUGCGGUAAACUACUAGUGUGCUUGUUGCUGCCACUGUUAAAAAAAAGACUGGAUAGCGCAUACACAUCGAGCGGUGUGUCGAUUAGUUGAAGUCAGUUGGCCGCCAUCUUGGUACUCCCAAAACGUGUGGCGGACAUGCUUUACAGGUUGAAUCAUGGCGGGGGUUUUCCUCAAAGUUUGCCAUGUAGAAUCAAAACUAGUCGUGUGAGCUUGAGAUUUUCUCAGUUCUGGUAACAUGAAGGAUUUUUAAUUUGACUUGGUAAGCCCAAAAAAAGGCUAAGUGCAAAGGAAAGACAUAGAAUACUGUGACUAGCAAGAAACCUUGCAUAUUACUAGCUAAGGCCUGAUUUCAGUGACAUAUUAACUUUUCCUCAAAUAUGCUGUGAAGCACUAUCAUCAUAACAUAGCAAAAAAAAAAAAAAAAACAUUUUUGUCAUAAAAACAUUCAGUUUUAAGUCAAUCAGUGAGAUAUAUUUUUGGAAAUAAGGACUUGCAAUGGCAAAAUACAUGCCUAACGCAUUGUUAAUUUGUCGUCUCUGCUUGUUUCCUCACAUUUGAAAAUCAAAUUCAAUUUGCAGAGUUCUGUAUUAGGAAGUUCAUCAACAAUUUCACAGGAAAUGUGUUUUCUUGCUUACCCACUGAUGAAGUUUGUGAGAAUAUUUACAUUGCUUUUUCGUCGGCCUAUAAAGAUGAAGCUGAGAUUGAACAGUCAACAACUGUAAAAAAAAAAAAACUUUGUUCACGUGAAUUAAGGUCAUCAGAAAAAAAAAAAACCUUUACAAACAAACUUUAACAGUGUCAAAGUCAAUCUUUCUCAUUUACCUGUGGAAUGUUUUCUCACAGCCACGAAAGUGGCGAUUAACGCACAGGUCGGCAUGGUUGUUUUGGUGGUAUCAAGAUGGCGGAUGGCGACUUCAGUUUUGGUGGCCAAUGAGCCAUCCAGUCUUUUUUUUAGAUCAAUGGUUGUUGCUAGUAGUAGGGUCCAGGAGGCUACUAGUACUGUAUAAUCACACACGACUGCUAGUUGGGUCUGGCUGUGUUAUAGUGCAGCAGUGUAGUUUACUUGUAAGGUACUGUCAGUCAAAAGUGGCACUAGUAGUAGUUAAAGUAGUUAAUCACUAUUACAAAAUGAUAACUUUUCUUUUCCAUCUGAUGGAUCUCGAUGGACUCGCCCCCCCUCCUCUUUGUGGCUACAUGUUCACUUAGCAAUAUGUAUAGCGACACUAUAUUUCACCACAGCUAAUUUUACAAAUGGCACCAGUUAUUUUGUGAAUUAGCCAAAUUGUGAUGUCAUAUCGGGGGCAAAUCAUCUGAAUAUUAUCAAGAUAAUGUGAGGCACAAGAGCUCGUGUUCAGGAAAGAAAUCGAACUACACACUGUGUAUAGAAAGAAAGCUCAGAAAAAUAUGAACAGUUUUGUCCCUUCUUUUGCCAUCACAUGCCUUCUCUUUUAAUAUGCAAAUGUUUUCCUUUCAUUUGAAUGCAUCCACGCAUCACCUCACAUGUGACUGAAGCAGGAAUUAUGAGUGAAAAUUAAUCUGGCAAUGUAAUCAACAGUCACGCCAAACGCGUCACGAAGGGAAUCUGCCAGUAUUUCUUAUAACGGAUGUUUAGCCACGAACCAAAAUAUUUAUCAGACUAUCGCAGUAUCUCUGGUAGCUGAUGUGUAUGUACUGUACUGUGUAUUACGCGCGAAAAUGUGUAUUAUUCUUUCUAUGAAAGAGUUUGAAAUUGGACCCCCGUCUUCUCUGUGUAGACCACCCUUAUUGUUUAAAUUAGUGUCAACGAAGUGCAAUAAAAAUCAUCUUGUCGAGUUUGUUUUGAACAUACUACUGGAGAAGUUGCCUGGGUCAUCCGCAGCAUUUCAUAUGUAAUAAACUAACACAAUACUAAUACAUACUGUAGCAGGUAUGCAGAAACUAUGUGGUACAUUAUAAAGUACUGAAGACUUUUCUACGAUUUGUUUUUUUUAAAGAUGAGUGGUGCCAAGUCAAGGUUUUUAAGAUACGAGGCAUCGUUUGGCCAAUAGUUUUCUAGGCAAGAGUGAUUUGAACACUAACAGUGAAGCAACACAUGCGUACAACAAUAUAACGGGCAUGUAUUAUUUAUCCUUUGUGACGAAUGACUAGUAAUGCUGAGUCGUGACGUCUCCAUGGCAAAAUAUAUCCUGUUAUACCCGUUUUAUACUGGCGCCAGGUGGCCAAGGUGGACACACCAGGAACAGCAAAAUUUACAUUUAAUAAAAGUAAAAUGGGCGAGAAAAGCAAAUUCUUUCUAAUGUAUUCAAAUGUCAAUACUUUAGGUUUUCAUAAGAUACACUAAUAAAGUGCUAUUUUUCCUCACACUUCAAAUAUUUAAUAUUGUGUUUUUUAUUGGGAAGGUGGGUGGCACGGUGGUUCAGCUGGAAAGCGUUGGCGUCAAGGUUUUGAGGUCCUGGGUUCAAUCCCGGUCUCGCCUGUGUAGACUUUGCAUGUCCCCCGUGCCUGUGUGAGUUUCCUCCGAGCACUCCGGUUUCCUCCCCCAUCCCAAAAACAUGCAACAUUAAUUGGACGCUCUAAAUUGCCCCGAGGUGUGAUUGUGAUCGGUUUGUCUCUAUGUGGCCUGCGAUUGGCUGGCAACCAG